GCUGUAUUGGUGCCUUGUCGCCUGGUCAAAUGGGCAGCAACCUCCUAACCCAUCCUGGUCGAGGAAUCCUGAGUUCCCAAGGACUGACAAGGAUCAAAUCAAACGCCCCCAAGACCUCCAAUGAGAAUUUGGUUCAAAGCUGGAGUUUUGGUUCCAUGUUUCGAGCUAUUUGAAACCCGUCCGGAUUCCAUAAUAAUCCCUGCUUCAAGAACAAAACGAUCUAUCAAGCAAGCCCUUGCUACAUCAGUCUAAGAGCCAUAGCAUGCACUACCCUCUUCCUAUGCAACACACGUUAUGUUCUCCAAGCACUUUUCUCAAUGAACUCUCAAGGAAAUGUCCAACCAAAAUAAUGGUCGUCGUUGAGGAGGAUUCGCGAUGAGCCCAUGGAAAGGAGCUUGCACGCUAUGCCUGAUCGGGAAUCCCCUCAGUUAAGGUCCACCGCUCCAUCAACAAGGCUUCCUCUUCAAGAGGAGUCAUCUUCAGCCCUUGGAUGUCCUUUCUACCUUUACCCUGUAUCUAGGACUCUACCCUGCAGCACUCUCAUAUCUUUAGCGACUCUUAUCCAAGCUAUCGCCCAUCCCCAAUUGUCGGUGUCGAACUACCCCGCCAUAUCAGUACGCAAAACCAUAGCACAAUGGCCGACCACGACGAAGAUCUCGUUGCCUCAAAGACAGAGGGGUUCAAGCUUGGUGAGAAGAAGACAAUUGCUGAAUACAAUGAACUCGACAAGAACGACGAGUCCCUGAACCGCUGGAAGGCCUCCCUCGGGCUCAACGCCGGUGAACCCAUUGGAGACCCCAACGACCCCAGACGGUGCAUCAUUAAGUCUCUCGCCUUAGAAGUUGAAGGCCGCGAUGAUGUUGUGAUUGAUGUCUCUGCACCUGGUGCAGCCGAGAACCUCAAGAACAAGCCGUUCACCAUCAAAGAGGGAGCGACGUUCCGGAUCAAGGUUCAAUUCGAGGUGCACCAUGAUGUGCUUAGUGGACUCAAAUACCUACAGGUCGUCAAGCGCAGGGGUAUCCGAGUAAGCAAGGAUGAGGAGAUGCUGGGAAGCUACGCUCCUAACACAACGGGCAAGCGUUUCUACGAAAAGAAGUUCCAGAAGGAAGAGGCGCCUUCAGGAAUGCUGGCGCGUGACCGUUACAGCGCAGUUUCCAAAUUUGUCGACGACGACAACAAGACCCAUCUCCAGUUUGAGUGGUCAUUCACCAUUGCGAAGGAUUGGUAGACUUUUUUGGGCGGAGUACAUAUGACGAACAGCAUAUAUUUUAUCUAUUUACAAGCGUUGGACUCCUAUCUGGCUUUGGAACUGUGUCAACUUGCCUCUAAAAGAACAAGUUUGCGGGAUUGCGUGUCACAUGUAAAUGUGAACAGAGUAUCUGAUUGACUCAGACUCAAUUGGCCCAUGGAUCUAAGAAUAACUGUCCCUCUUUAUUCUGUGUCCACACAUACC